CGUUGAAAAUUUUGUUUACAUUGAACGGUUCAAGUUAUCCGCCGUAGUUCGACGUUGCACCUGGGACUUUUAUCUUUUUUAAAAUGUCGUAGCUUUUAUUUCAAUUAUCGCGAGUUUGAAAAUUCAUAGUUCAUUUAGUGAAGUUUUCGUUGAUGAAAAUCGCGAUCAAAGUUGCUGUAAAAUCAUCCAAAUGAGUCAUAUAAAAUUACGUGGGAAAUGGUCGAAAAUCGCAAGUAUCGUUGUAAUCUCUCGUGUAUCGAACGCUGGGUUUCGUAUUCGUCGUAUUAUUUCGUUUAGGUAAUUGUUUUUUUCCCUCGCAGACAUUAGUUUAAUAAAUAGAGAGUAUAAUGAGUGAAGAAUUGAUUGUGGUGUUGAACCGACGAGACGAUCCAACGGCCGGAUUGGGGUUCUCGUUGUUGGAUAAACCAGGUUUCCCUCCGGUCAUCUAUGAUAUCGAAGAAAAUUCUCCAGCAGCUGAAUGUGGCAAAGUGGAAGCUGGCGAUGUUAUUAUGAUGGUAAAUGAAAUCGAUGUGCUCAAGUAUUCCAUUAAAGAAGUUCUCAAAUGUUUACGAUUAGCUGGAAACUCGGUGAUGCUCAAGUUAAAAAGAGAUCCGGUGCUGAAAGAGAAAAUUCUCACGUACCUGUCUUCGACAACGAAUAACGUGGAAAACGAUCCUAUCAUCGGUGCCAUGGGCGAAGCCUCGUUAGCCAACGGUAACGGCGUGCUGUGCAAUCGACCGCCGUCUCGAGGUCGUAAAAAAGACGUCAGCCAAUCGUACUCGGCACCUUUGACCGAUAUCACCGGCAGCCAUCGAUACGAAAACGAACCAGUCAGCGUGAGCAGUUCGGCAUCGCAGCCCAUGUUCGAAGCUUACGUGAUGACCGGCGAACGUGUCCUCAAGCUGACCAAGAACACAUCGCUGGUGCCCAAAAGUCAGAAAAAAAUCGACAGUUUGAAGAGCCACACGAGAAAGAACAACGUACUCGGCCAGAAUAACCAUAAGGUCAAAUCGACACCCUCUAGUCCGGUCGAAUCGUCUUAUAAUUCAUCCGAUACUAAAUCAUCGUCGGCUAACACGUCUCCGGCAUCGUUAUCGUCGCUACAGUCUGACUCCAAAGGCGUUAGUACGAUUUCCAAGUCGGAUGACGAUAUUCAUUACAGCAAAGAACCCUCAGUGUCGACGAAUUCGGUUCAGGUGGACGACGACGAGCUGACGUCGUCUUUACGUACAUUAUUAGAUACGGGUUCGGACGGAGCGACCGGAACGGGCAGCAAAACGGAAGAUAAACGAGCCUUGUGGACUCGUAGUACGCCUAAACAUACGGCUGAGGCGUCUUCGUCGACGAUAGGCUCGUCCGAAAAUGGAUCUUCGCAGCAUUCCAUCUCGCCUCCGUCUCCGACUUCGGUAUCGUCUUCGGUGAUGUCGUCCAUGUCGUCGUCGACCGAUCGCAAACGUCACCCUGUGAUUAACUCGAAUAACAAUAGCAUCGAUUUAAGCCAAUUGGAAGCCCUGUCCAAUAUAUCUAGUCCCGAUUACCAAGAGGAGACGUCCGAUAUGUUGAAUUCGCACGAUAUUGGUAUGGAAGUUACCGAUCCUAGUGAUAGCGAUUCUACCCUGCUGGUCAGCGAGCCGAAAAUACGCAAGUUGAAUAAAUGCGUCGGCAACGACGGGCCGGAUCCGGUCGGCGGUAUGUGUUCCAAGUAUCUGACCAACGAGAAGAAUCAUCGAGUUGUUGUACAGGUUAAAGGGGCUCCGGAAAGAGAAAGGACGCAUAAUUUCUAUAAUAUGAACUACGUUGUUAGCGAAAACAAUAAUAACACCUUUAACAACGUUUCCAAAUUAAGACAUUACAAUAGUUUAAAAGAAGAAGACGACGAAGAUGAAAAUAACCUUGAUCCUAAAAGGGUAGGAUACGAAGCUUUGGCCGAAUGCGACGAUGAAUUAUUGGCUUUAACCGAAGGCGCUUUCAACUUGGCCAAGUCAGUAUCGCCAUCACAUAGUGGAUCUUCCGAAGAAGAAUCAGGCUCCGAUGUGGAGUCGCUGCACAGUUUCCAUUAUUCGCCGAAGGCUGUGGAUUAUCCAUCGGCGCAGAGAUUAGCUAAACGAUUGUAUAAUUUGGAAGGAUUUAGAAAAAGCGAUGUUUCUAGACAUUUGAGCAAAGACAACGAAUUCAACCGAACCGUAGCCGAAGAAUACCUGAAAUACUUCGAUUUCACCGACGACACGUUAGAACAAGCGCUUCGAAAAUUCCUACGCCAGUUCAGUUUAACUGGCGAAACUCAAGAACGCGAACGAGUUCUAGUCCAUUUUUCCAGAAGAUAUUUAGACUGUAAUCCUGGUUCCUUUAAUUCACAAGAUGCAAUUCAUACAUUGACAUGUGCCAUAAUGCUGUUGAAUACUGAUUUGCACGGACCGAAUAUCGGACGUAAGAUGACGUGUAAUGCUUUCAUCGAGAAUUUAUCCGGCUUAAAUGACGGUAAAAAUUUUCCAAGGGAGACGUUGAAGUCGCUGUAUCAAGCUAUCAAAGCUCAGCCUUUAGAAUGGGCCGUAGACGACGACAUCGAAGAUAACACAGCCAACAUGAAUAAUAUGCCAACGCACAGUCGUGCGGAAUUCGACGAACCUAACGAUUACCUUUUACGUCAAGAUACUGCAGCGGCCACGUUGAUCAGGAAGAACGCCGAACUGACGGUGGAUCCAGAAGCACCGAUUACCGACUACAAACGAGGCUACGUGCUGAGGAAAUGCUGCGUUGAGCCGAAUGGCAAAAGAACUCCUCUUGGUAAACGUGGAUGGAGGCUUUUGUUCUGUUCGUUGAGAGAAUUCGCGUUAUAUUUAUACAAAGACGAUCAACUUUAUAAUAAGGAUCCUCAGAGCGGUGUCGUUCGAAGGAUAAUUAGAUUACAUCACGGUUUAGCAACGAAGGCUGUCGAUUAUACCAAGAAAGAGUUCGUCUUUCGGGUGCAGACUGCUGAUCGAGCCGAAUAUUUAUUUAGAGCGAGUAAUAAUAAAGAAUUGCAGUCUUGGAUCGAUACUAUUAAUUUAGUAUGCGCUUCGUUCUCGGCUCCUGCGUUACCGGAAGCUGUCGGAUCUCAGAAGAAGUUCCAAAGGCCAUUGUUACCUUCGACGCCGUCGACUUUGAAUAUACGAGAACAAUUAGUACAACACGAACAAACGCUAGAACGACUGGAACGAGAAUACGAAAGUCAUCGCAAACAAGCGCCCGAGAAAUCAGCCAAAAAUCUAGUCAUACAAAACCAUAAAGAGAAAGAAGCCUAUCUCUUGCACGAAAUUAAACGAUACCGAACGUACGUAUCUCUAUUACGAUCUCGUAUAGCUCCUCAGACGGUUCAACCGGUAGCUUCGUGUUCGAAUGCUAACAACUACGACGAUGACGAAGAUCUAAUGGACGAUAUACCGAAAGAAGACGACGAAGAUCAACCUUCCUCUUCGAACAGAAAACGAAGUAAGAAAAAAUGAAGUCGAGCGGAAGACGAGUCUCACGAUGACGACGAUGCUUCGAUGAACGAUUAAUUUAUUACCUUUUUUUUCCUCCAUUUUAAACGUACAUCGAACAUAUUGAUAUUUUAAAAUUAUCCGCGUGUAUUUUCUCGUCGAUCUUCUCCGUAUCUAGAGAACAUAGUACGUUCGUCUAUCUGUAUCGUUAAUGUGCGGUUAUGUUUACCUAUCUGUUUAUCUGUGUAUUUGUAUGAUAGAAAAAACAAAAUAAUUCCAAGUCUUAGAGUGUACAAGACAUGAUCAGACUAUAUAUUGGAUGAGGAGAAGUCAGCUGCUGGUGCUUUUUUUCCCCCCCUUCGUUGUGGCCUUAAGUUAUAAUACUUACAUGUUGGCGGCCUUAAUUGUGUAUAAUUUAAAAUUUUUUGUUAAUUUUUAAGAACGCCUCGCGCUUCGUGCGGUUUUAUUUUCACGUAUUGCGCUCGUUUUUUAUAUACGUACCUAGUGAAAUGAUGCCAGCGUUAUCGGCUUCGGUGGCCAUGUUGGCUGGGAAAUCGGUAAAGCUCAAAGCUGGCCGGCUUUUUCGGUAUGCAGGGUUUGGUGUGAGGCAUGGGCUGUGUGGAUUUUCAACAGUAGUUAGAUGUGUUUUACUUUUUCUUCUCUCCUUUUUACUUUCUUUCCCCCUCCCCUCUCUAUCUCUUCUCUAGUGUAAUUUAUUCCCCAUUUUUGUUUCGUUUGGGUUUUAUAUUACCUAUAUACCUACCCUACCCUUUACCUAUUCUAUUCCUGCGCGUAUUAUUUUUCUUUUUUACUCUUUUUUUUGCUCUCGUUUUUUUUCUUUUCUUAUGUUUAACUUUUUGUUUCGGGUUUUGAAAUUAUUGAAAUCUUGAGGCGAAUCGUGCUCAAUUUAAGCAUCGAUGAGACGUAAUUUAUAUCUAUUUUGCUGCCUAUAAUAUGUGUAAUUUGUCGAGUAUUUGCAAUUUUUUUGUUUUUUAUUAUUAUUUUUUCGCGUGUGUGUAUUUAUAAAUAAUACUCAAUUUAUUCAACGAUUUUAUACGUAUUUUGGAUCGAAACGAGAUGAAACGAAUCGUAUAGAAAAAUUAGACUAUGAUGAUCUCCUUUUGUAGAGUUAUCGUUAUUAACGUUUGGUUUAUUGUAGGUGAAGAUAACGUAACGAAAAACAAUCGUAACUUUUUCAUUUUCAUUAUUCCAACAUCGAACAUAUCACGAGAGAAUUUCUCAUCUUGCAGUAUUUUUUUUUAUAGCGCUGAGCCGAUUUUUAACAGUUUUUUGUUCAGGUACUGGAACUGGUACCGGAGAGUUUUUUACCCGAGGGUUUAUUCAAGUGUUGAAAAAAUUUUAGAGUAUUCUUUUUCAAUACUUAUUGGACACCUUGUGUGUAAUUUUAUAAGCAAUUUUAACGACAUAUUCAAUACACAAUACGAAACAAAGUACAAAAUAAAAUUUUAAACUUUUCGACGUAACGGUCACGAGAAAUUUUUCUAUAUGAUUUUGUAACCUUAUAAAAUAAUGUACCUAUAAUGAUAAUAGUACAUACGAUAUUUUGAAACCGAAACUAAAAAACCAACGACGUUUGCAUUUACCUACCUAAUCGAGUACAUAUAAUUUUUUUCUUUUUUGUAAUACGAUAUUUUUUAUAACACCUUUACAGAUUUUUACGAUGUAAUUUACCUCUUUGUUGGGAUUUUACGUCGUGUCAUUCUUCCGAUGAUGAGGAUGAAAAAAAGGCUGGAAAAUUGAAAAAGCAUUAAGUAACACAAACAAACAAACGAUCAAAAGUACUGUUAUCGGCAUUUAUUCAUUAUUUUUCUCCCUUUUUAUUUUAUGGAUGAUUUUAUUCUUACAUAGUUUGUGUUUCCCCCCUCCCCCCUUUGUGUACUAUUUGUGUAUUUACUUUUUGUUGUUUAUUAAAAAAAUUGCAAUGUUGUAUAA